GAGUGGAACGUGACAGCGCUGCGGGUGGACCGCGUGAGGCGCGGCGCCCUCUCGCAGUCGGUGCUCGCCGUCCGGCGCAUCACGAGGGCCGCCAUCGCCAGGACAGAGUGUGAGACCCACCACCGGCUCGACUUUGACUUUUUUGGGAGGAGGUUCCUGAACAAAACCGAACUGCAGGACCUGACUGCGGCUUUCCGGGAGCACCUCUCCAACACCUGGCGAGACUUUGCCAAUCUCUUCUCACUCGGUGUGUCGCAUGCCUCACAGCUGUUGGUUCCCCUCGCAUUUGAACAUACGGCGGCCGCUGUUGAGUCCACGCCUACUGCUCUACCAGCCGUGGAACGUCUUCUUCCACGACGACUUCAGUGCGCUGUUCGAGGAGCGGCAGCCAGAAUCGUCGCACAUGUUCAGAGUCGCUGACGCACUGUACACCUUCUACCGUGUCUACUGGUUUACUGCAGCUGAUCCCCUAGAUACACUCUUCGAUCUUUAUUUCGAGUCUAUGGAAGAGGACGAGAAGUGGCAGCUGGAGGACAGAAGCCACACCACGGUCUCUGUGGACACCGACUGUGUGCAGCUGCUGGCGAACGCCCUGGACCACCCCACGUGUCCGCUGGAAGACCUGCCGCCGGAGACCGUGGAGCAGCGUGAGCGGUGCCGUGCGGAGCUGUGGGACGACGUGGUGCGGAGAUCGCCCCACGUGCCCGUCACCAGCUAUCUGGCCUACACGCAGAGGGUGAACAUCAACCUCUGUCUGCUGGCAUGGAUGGCAGCUGGCUCGUACGGCAUCUGUCAGGACGUCCCAUUUAGCACGAUACGGUCGGUGCACGAUGCUCGCUGCUAUUUCGAUAGUCCUGACGAUCAAUCGUGUCUGAAAUCGAACGCCACAGAUGCCAUCUGCUCUGUUUCCAGAGCUAUUCUGAUGCUGAGGUGUCGCGAUUUUUCCACCUUUUCCGAUAAUUGCAGCAUCAGUUAUGAAAGACCUCUAUCACACCCAUUGACAAUGGAAAGUGAGUACCUAUUGCAUCAAAAGGUAACAGAAGAAACACUGAACCACAAAAACAGCUUAAACGACGCCACCUUGAGAUACAAGAAUUUCAAAAUCGACAGCUUAAAGCCUUUGGAAAUCUCACUUGUAUUGGUAAAUAUUGUUUUCCGCCUUUGGACUGCCGGAGUAUACAUAUACCUUCCCCAGUUACGCAACUUGCCUGGAAAGAUAUUCUUGUCCUUUCAGAUCACUUGUAUAGUCCAGAUCAUGUGUUCUGAGGUCGUGUAUCGUAUGACCGGUUUCCCUGGCUUAUGUACUGCAGUGCUGAUAGAUAGCGGCCUCACACUUCUCAGCUGUAUCUGGCUAAACCUAUUCUGCUACCACAUGUAUGCUUGUGUUCGUCAUCUCACGCUUCCUAACGACCUGCUACCUGCUGAAGUAAGCAGGUUACUCUGUCGUCAAGUGCUGUAUGCGUUAAUACCGUGGAGUACAGUAUGUGUGCAGCUGCUGCUUUGGAAAAGACGAGCAAAUAUCAUCUGAUCCAUAGUCGUGUAGUAGUCCUUGCGGGCAUUGCACUAUCAGUGUCUUUCAAUACGGUUUGUCUCGGACUGAUUGGGUACAUGUACCUACGUACUCGGUUUUCCAUGCGGCAACUCAAAAUUUUUGUUAACAAUAAAUUUGCCUCAAAGAAACAAUGUUUUUUCAUGUCAGUUAAGGCUGUUAUCCUAAGUGGAAUAGGCAUUAUAAUUAGAAUCGGGUUCCACCAGGCUCAGGAGAUAGCGCAGUUUGUGUACUACGUACACCUAGUUACGAUGUUGCAAGGACCAGUGCUGUUCGUCUGCUUCGUCUGUAACGGAACGACGCUCCCCUUACUGAAGGACAGGGUGCUGGCGUGGUUUAACCCAACUGGCAUCCCUGCAGGGCGAGAAUUCUGCUCAGCUGCAGAGAGGAAUCUGGCCAGGAGGAACAACGAACAGUCUCCAGCUGCAGAAUCCUCACUGUAGGCUGCUUCGGUAUUUUUCCCAAAUAACUGUCUUCACUACAGACUGCAUUAAAGCCAGUAAUCAGGUAUAAAGAUGUACUCUAUCUGAUAUGACAACAUUAAAUGUGAUAUUGUACAGCCAGCGCUUUGCUAAUGUCUUCUUCAUUUAUAACUGUGUGGUUAUUUUAGCCUCUGUCUGCGUAUUCUAAUGCAGUAGAUUACUUACGAAAAUUGUUCCGAAACACUUUGUGUACCCAUAUAUAUAUAUAUAUAUAUAUAUAUAUAUAUAUAUAUAUAUAUAUAUAUAUAUAUAUAUAUAUAUAUUAAUAAAACCAACAAACUGCAGGGACGAAUCCCAAUGGGAAGUGGAGGAAAAAGGUCGUAUCAACAUGUGUGCAGAAAUGCACCGCUAUCACAGUAGAUGGCGCUGACGAAUUAAAUUUCCUCUGACCACGUGCCGUGUGUUCCUCGUAUAUAAGAGACUGCGUGAUCGACGCAGCAUACUGUAAGCAGCAUACGGUGUGGUAUUCGUGUCGGGAUCAAGCGGGACACAGUCAAACAGAUGGAAACAGUCGAGAUGCAGCGCAGCUAUACUUGAGCAAGUGCCGUCACGGAGAAAAACCACACCACACAACAUUUCAAACCCUUUUGGACGUUUGUGUGAUCACGAGUCCUUUCAGUCAGAUGUAUGUGCAGGGAGGUGGCGGACUGUGCACACACCAGAUCCGGAGAACUGGGCUCCACAGAAUAUUCGGACGAACCCUUGCAAAAGUCCAGGAAGGUGGCCAGCUAUUUGCACAUUCCAGGCUCUCUCUGAAUGACGGGCUGCUCCACUGGAGCUUGUAAUAGGGUUAGUAUCCUGUCGGACCCGGUCCUCCAAAUGUGGUGUACGCAGACUCCGCCGCCUCCCUGCACGUUCGUCUGCCUGAAAGGACCCGUGGUCACACAAUCGUUCAAAAAUGGCUUGAAAUGUUGUGUAACGUGGUUGCCUUGUGUGAGGAAAGCUUGUUUUGGUAUAGUCGAGCUGCGUCUCGACCGUUUGGUUGCACAAACUCACCACCUUGCCUUAUUCACAACACGGGUAGCUGCUUACAACACGCUGCUCUCAUUCGUCAGUGUCACCUACCGUGGCAGUGGUGCUUAAUUAACAUAUGUUGCCUGGAAAAAGUAAGUUUUAUACAGAUAUGCGUGUGAAACUUGUACUUCUAUACGAUUUGUAAUUUAAGUACCACGGCAAGAGACUUUCAAAUCUUUGUAAAAUGAAAGGAGCAGCGAGAUGGCUGAAGUAGUGUGUGGAUGAAUGUGUAAAUGGGUUUGUUGAGCUUAUUAGUGUUUCGAUUGCAUAGAGUGGCUCAAGUAAAAGAAAAGCAAUAAAUAAAUGUAUAAAAUGUGACUCGAAGUGAACGCAGACAAAGUAUUAAAGGAUACUAUUAUACGAGAUUAGACUAAUUGCGUUUGUGAGACAAUGUGGUGAUUUGUUAAGGCAGACGUUCGUAAGGGUACUGUAGCACAUGUUAAAAGUUAGUGUGUUCCACGUGUGCUGCUCUAAAACGAGGAACAACAAAGGACGCAGUACGCUGAAAUUAUUGUGAUUUGUAAUCACAAGAUGAUGUAACAUUUGUUCAAAUAAAACCUGAGUGAGUAAAGUGAA